AUGGGCAAAUACGCCAUUGUCUUCCUCUCCCUGGUCGGCCUGGCGACUCUGGGUGCCGCUGCCCCCAGACAUCUCAGUGGCCCAGGUGGCUUCGCGCCCACGCCGACGGGACCACCACGCGAGUCGCGAUAUCACACUACCAGCGAAGCUGAGCCAACCUCCGGCGAGUCGCAUGCUCGCACCACCAGCAGAGCUGAGUCUCUCAUCAGCGUGACGUACAUCGACCCUGACGGCACCGGAACCAGCGACGGAUACGGUCCCAUGCCCACCGAGGUCAACGGCACAUUUUCUGCUCGGGAUGUGCCGGAGGUCACUUACUACCCGACCAAUGUGACCGGGAUGCCUACAUGGACAUCGGAAUCUUGCACCAAGACCGUGACUGUGGACUGGGAUUGUGCGGAUUUUCGCAUUUGUGAUGAUUAUGAUUAUGAUCCCAGAGUCUGCACCGAGCAGCCGCGGAGGACGUGGGUGGUAAGCGCGACUCCCACCACCACCGCCACCAGCAGCGGCGAUGAUGACCGUGGUGGCGGUCACGGAAGUAAGACUGAGUUCCCCUCACCGACUAUGAUCACGGACUACAGCUCUCCUCCACCGUUCUUGAGCAAGACUAUUCUUGCGAGCCUUGACGCCGUCUCUUCCACCACGACCGGCGAGGCAGAAAUCUCCCCGUUUCCCUGCGCUGGAAAUUCAAGCUGUGUAUGA